AUGGCUCCAUCUGCUAAGGCUAUCGCUGCUAAGAAGGCUGUUGUUAAGGGUACCAACGGUAAGAAGGCUAUGAAGGUCAGAACUUCUGCUACCUUCAGAUUGCCAAAGACCCUAAAGUUGGCAAGAUCCCCAAAGUACGCCACUAAGUCUGUCCCACACUACAACAGAUUGGACGCUUACAAGAUUAUUGAAAAGCCAAUCAACUCUGAAACCGCUAUGAAGAAGGUCGAAGACGGUAACACUUUGGUUUUCCAAGUUUCUUUGAAGUCUAACAAGCACCAAAUCAAGGCUGCUGUCAAGGAACUAUACCAAGUCGAUGUCAUGUCCGUUAACACUUUGGUCAGACCAAACGGUACCAAGAAGGCUUACGUCAGAUUGACUGCUGACCACGAUGCUUUGGACGUUGCCAACAGAGUCGGUUACAUCUAA